AUGAAAUUAUGUAAGGACAAACUGCUAGUUAGAGAAAGGCAGGUCUAGAACCCCGUUUUGAAUGGUAUUUUUCCCAGUUAUAUUCAUUUCCUUCAAGGUCCAGAAGAUGAUGUGUUGAAGCAUAGGUGGGGUAGAAAGUUGGCUUUAUUCAGGUAUAUUAGCUUUUCCUCAGAGACUUGGGGAAAAAAAUAGAUUUGAAGAAGAAAAAGAUAUAUUUAAGGGUGGAAGAAGUAGAAUGGCCUCUAAAUUAGGAGUGUAUGGUCAUCUGCUGAUAAUUUCAGUAUUGGAAGACAUUGCUAAUCUUACAGACUGGAAGAAUCAUUGCUCUGUGUACAAUGUGUGUUUUAAAGGAGACAAUCCUCCAGACAAUGGGUGAGUGGGUGUGUUUGAAAAUUGAGUUUUUUGGAACUAAGGAGGCCAAACUCGUUGCCCACAGCCUGUAUCCCUCUCAGCCAGAAGACAGGCAGAGAAGACAAAACUUGGGAGAAUCAUGUGUUGAAGCUGAAUAGUCCAGCUUCCAAGACGUGUUUUCUGUGUGCCACAGUCAUGUGAAACUUAACACACAGCAGCUUUGGUUCCCUGUCGAUAUGCAAAUCCAUUCUGCCCUUCUGCCUUUUGGUUUCCUGACAAGCGGGUCCCCAUCCCCCAUCUCGCCCUCCUCCCGCCUGCCACUUCCAGCCUGACAGUCCAGAUUUUCCAGCCAACUGCUGGAGCUGACUUCCUCAAACUUUUUGGAAUAAAACUAGCAUCCAUAAUCGUCCACUCAGUUCCAACACGCCCGUGCCUUCCUCCCCAGACUAGAGAACAGACCGUCAUCAGUAUUCCUUCCCUCAGGAUGUGGGAGUUUAGCAUCCUGCUGCUGUUGCUGCCAUCAGUGGUGAGUUCUGCUCAUCACCCAGAAGAAAUGUUAGAUACACAAUGGAAGCUGUGGAAGCAAUCCUAUGGAAAAGAAUAUAACAGCAAGGUGGAUGAAAUCUCUCGACGUCUGAUUUGGGAAAAGAAUCUAAAAUACAUUUCUACCCAUAAUCUGGAAUUUUCUCUUGGUCUUCACACAUUUGAGCUGGCUAUGAACCAUUUGGGUGACAUGACUAGUGAGGAGGUAGUACAGAAGAUGACUGGACUGAAGAUGCCCCUGUCCCGCUCCCAGAACAAUGACACCCUCUAUAUUCCUGACUGGGAAGGCAGAACCCCUGAGUCUGUUGACUACAGAAAAAAGGGCUAUGUCACCCCGGUCAAAAAUCAGGGUCAGUGUGGCUCGUGUUGGGCCUUCAGUUCUGUGGGUGCCUUGGAAGGCCAACUCAAGAAGAAGACUGGUAAACUCCUCAACCUGAGCCCCCAGAACCUUGUGGACUGUGUGUCCAAAAAUGAUGGCUGUGGUGGGGGCUAUAUGACCAAUGCCUUCCAGUAUGUACAGGAGAACAGGGGCAUCGACUCUGAAGAUGCUUACCCUUAUAUUGGACAGGAUGAAAGUUGCAUGUACAACCCUACUGGCAAGGCAGCAAAAUGCCGGGGAUACAGAGAGAUCCCAGAAGGGAGUGAGAAGGCCUUGAAGAGGGCAGUGGCCAGAGUGGGACCCGUUGCUGUUGCAAUUGAUGCAAGCCUGUCCUCUUUCCAGUUCUAUAGCAAAGGUGUGUAUUAUGAUGAAAACUGCAAUGGAGAUAAUCUCAACCACGCAGUGCUGGCUGUGGGAUACGGGAUUCAAAGGGGCACCAAACAUUGGAUCAUCAAAAACAGCUGGGGAGAAGAGUGGGGCAACAAAGGCUACAUUCUGAUGGCCCGGAACAAGAAGAACGCCUGUGGCAUUGCCAACCUGGCCAGCUUCCCCAAGAUGUGAGCCUGGCCUUUGGACUUUGUUUGACUGUUCCUUUCCACCUCCCUCCGUUCUUACAAGGCUGCAGAUGCACUUUGGAAAGGAGCUGGCUGCUCUCUCUCAGAGCAAACCCAGGGGUUUGCAGACGGUUCACUUACAGCUUACCCUUCUGUAUGACCAAGUACCCUUUGGAUAUCCUCCUCCUCCUCCUCUCCCCAGCCCCUGCCUCUACUCGGUUUCCUUCGAAAUUUCAGGGUCAAGGGUGAGGUACAAGGGCUAGUUCCCAAGUGCACACACAGGGCCGUGGCCUGGGAGGUGGACGCUGGGUCGUAGGUGGUCAGGCUGUCCUGGUGCUGCUGCUGUGUCCAUGGGAGGAGAGCUUCCAAACAGAGCAGACUCCCCUCCAGCCAGAAGUCAGUCCUUUUUGUUCUGCCUCGAGGCAGGGCUGUAGACAGUGACAUGAAAUCCUGUCUGUCCAGCUGUCAGGGUUCCUUCCAUCAAGUUUUGUGAGUCUCCAUAAUCUCUUCCUCGUCCUCAAAAGUGAGAGGUGCCUGUUUUUCCAUCUCGUUUCAUGAAACUAUGAUUUUCUUAUUUUGUAGUAAGUUUAGAUUAUACCAGAAAUAUGUAUUUUUUCCUCUCUGCUUAAAUGUUUUGAAAUAAACUGAGUAUUAAUCA